GUGCUCCGGCCGGGGCUCCAGGCGCUGGUGGGGCGGCGCGGCUCUGCGGGGAGCAGCCCUCGGGCGCGUUGAGCCCUCCCACCUCGGCCCGCGCGGGGACCGUCCCAGAGCACGCGGUGGCCGAGUUCCCGCACAGCUCUAGAUGAUCAGCGCUACCUGUGCCCUGGAAACCCACUCUGCGUUCCUGCUGGAGGUGGUUGUCCUCGGUCCAGCCAAGAAGAGGCCCUCAGACCCCCCUCCCCACUAGGUCUCAGAGAGCCCUGAGAGGUGGCCCCGGCGGGAACUCUUCCUCUGUUCCCAGUCCACUUCUCUAGGGCCAGCAGCAGACGCCAGCCAGAAUGCCGAGGAACCAAGGCUUCUCCGAGCCCGAGUACUCGGCCGAGUACUCAGCCGAGUACUCCGUUAGCCUGCCCUCCGACCCUGACCGCGGGGUAGGCCGGACCCAUGAGAUCUCUGUCCGGAACUCGGGCUCCUGCCUGUGCCUGCCUCGCUUCAUGCGGCUGACCUUUGUGCCGGAGUCCUUGGAGAACCUCUACCAGACCUACUUCAAAAGGCAACGCCACGAGACCCUGCUGGUGCUCGUGGUCUUCGCAGCCCUCUUUGACUGCUACGUGGUGGUCAUGUGUGCUGUGGUCUUCUCCAGCGACAAGCUGGCUCCCCUCGCGGUGGCAGGAAUUGGACUGGUGUUGGACAUCGUCCUCUUUAUGCUCUGCAAGAAGGGGCUGCUCCCAGACCGGGUCACCCGCAGGGUGGUGCCCUACCUGUUGUGGCUUCUCAUAACCGCCCAGAUCUUCUCCUACCUGGGCCUGAACUUUGCGGGUGCCCACGCGGCCAGUGACACGGUGGGCUGGCAGGUCUUCUUUGUCUUCUCCUUCUUCAUCACGCUGCCCCUCAGCCUCAGCCCCAUCGUGAUCAUCUCCGUGGUCUCCUGUGUGAUGCACACGUUGGUACUGGGAGUCACUGUGGCGCAGCAGCAGCAGGAGGAGCUGAAGGGGAUGCAGCUGCUGCGGGAGAUCCUGGCCAAUGUCUUCCUCUACCUGUGCGCCAUCACUGUGGGCAUCAUGUCCUACUACAUGGCCGACCGCAAGCACCGCAAGGCCUUCCUGGAGGCCCGCCAGUCGCUGGAGGUGAAGAUGAACCUGGAGGAGCAGAGCCAGCAGCAGGAGAACCUCAUGCUUUCCAUCCUGCCCAAGCACGUGGCUGACGAGAUGCUGAAAGACAUGAAGAAGGACGAGAGCCAGAAGGAUCAGCAGCAGUUCAACACCAUGUACAUGUACCGCCAUGAGAACGUCAGCAUCCUCUUUGCUGACAUUGUGGGCUUCACCCAGCUGUCUUCUGCCUGCAGUGCCCAGGAGCUCGUGAAGCUGCUUAACGAGCUCUUUGCUCGCUUCGACAAGCUGGCAGCUAAAUACCACCAGCUGCGGAUUAAGAUCCUGGGUGACUGCUACUACUGCAUCUGCGGCCUGCCUGACUACCGGGAGGACCACGCUGUCUGCUCCAUCCUCAUGGGGCUCGCCAUGGUGGAGGCCAUCUCGUAUGUGCGGGAGAAGACCAAGACUGGGGUGGACAUGCGUGUGGGGGUACACACGGGCACCGUGCUGGGGGGCGUCCUGGGCCAGAAGCGCUGGCAGUACGAUGUGUGGUCGACCGAUGUCACUGUAGCCAACAAGAUGGAGGCCGGCGGCAUCCCUGGGCGUGUGCACAUCUCCCAGAGCACCAUGGACUGCCUGAAAGGAGAGUUUGAUGUGGAGCCAGGCGAUGGGGGCAGCCGCUGUGAUUACCUAGAUGAGAAGGGCAUCGAAACCUACCUCGUCAUUGCCUCCAAGCCAGAGGUGAAGAAAACAGCCACCCAGAAUGGCCUUAAUGGCUCGGCCCUGCCCAAUGGAGCGCCAGCUUCCUCAAAGCCCGGCUCUCCUGCCCUCAUUGAGACCAAGGAGCCCAAUGGGAGCACCCACAGCAGUGGCUCCAUGUCGGAGAAGCCUGAGGAGCAGGAUGCUCAGCUCCUCCCCGCCACUCUGUCCCAUCUGCCUCCCUCACGCUGCCUCCCUGGCUCACAGGCCGACAACCCCUCAUUCCCCAAUCCGCGCCGGAGGCUGCGCCUGCAGGACCUGGCUGACCGGGUGGUCGACGCCUCCGAAGAUGAGCACGAGCUCAACCAGCUGCUCAACGAGGCCCUGCUUGAGCGAGAGUCCGCCCAAGUAGUAAAGAAGAGAAACACCUUUCUCCUGUCCAUGAGGUUCAUGGACCCUGAGAUGGAAACCCGUUACUCGGUGGAGAAGGAGAAGCAGAGUGGGGCUGCCUUCAGCUGCUCCUGCGUCGUCCUGCUCUGCACGGCCCUGGUGGAGAUACUCAUCGACCCCUGGCUAAUGACAAACUAUGUGACCUUUGUGGUGGGGGAGAUUCUGCUCCUCAUCCUGACCAUCUGCUCUCUGGCUGCCAUCUUUCCCCGGGCCUUUCCUAAGAAGCUUGUGGCCUUCUCGACUUGGAUUGACCGGACCCGCUGGGCCAGGAACACCUGGGCCAUGCUAGCCAUCUUCAUCCUGGUGAUGGCAAAUGUCGUGGACAUGCUCAGCUGUCUUCAGUACUACGUGGGACCCGGCAACACAACGGCAGGGAUGGAGACGGAGGGGCGCUGCCUGGAGAACCCCAAGUAUUACAACUAUGUGGCCGUGCUGUCCCUCAUCGCCACCAUCAUGCUGGUGCAGGUCAGCCACAUGGUGAAGCUCACACUCAUGCUGCUCGUCGCAGGCGCGGUGGCCGCCAUCAACCUCUAUGCCUGGCGCCCCAUCUUUGAUGAAUACGACCACAAGCGUUUUCGGGAGUAUGACUUACCUAUGGUGGCCUCAGAGAAGAUGCAGGGAUUCACCCCUGGGCUCAACGGCACUGACAGGCUGCCCCUGAUGCCUUCCAAGUACUCCAUGACAGUGAUGGUGUUCCUCAUGAUGCUGAGCUUUUACUACUUCUCCCGCCACGUAGAAAAACUGUCACGCACACUUUUCUUGUGGAAGAUUGAGGUCCACGGCCAGAAGGAACGUGUCUAUGAGAUGCGACGCUGGAACGAGGCCUUGGUCACCAACAUGCUGCCUGAGCACGUGGCACGCCAUUUCCUGGGGUCCAAGAAGAGAGAUGAGGAGCUGUACAGCCAGACGUAUGAUGAGAUUGGAGUCAUGUUUGCCUCCCUGCCCAACUUUGCCGACUUCUACACAGAGGAGAGCAUCAACAAUGGUGGCAUUGAGUGUCUCCGUUUCCUCAAUGAGAUCAUCUCGGAUUUUGACUCUCUCCUGGACAAUCCCAAAUUCCGGGUGAUCACCAAGAUCAAAACCAUUGGCAGCACGUAUAUGGCAGCCUCAGGAGUCACCCCCGACGUCAACACCAAUGGCUACACCAGCUCCAACAAGGAGGACAAGUCUGAUCGAGAGCGCUGGCAGCACCUGGCUGACCUGGCUGACUUCGCACUGGCCAUGAAGGAUACGCUCACCAACAUCAACAACCAGUCCUUCAACAACUUCAUGCUGCGCAUAGGCAUGAACAAAGGCGGGGUUCUGGCUGGGGUCAUCGGAGCCCGGAAACCACACUACGACAUCUGGGGCAAUACAGUCAAUGUGGCCAGCAGGAUGGAAUCCACGGGGGUCAUGGGUAACAUUCAGGUGGUAGAAGAAACCCAAGUUAUCCUCCGAGAGUACGGCUUCCGCUUUGUCAGGCGAGGCCCCAUCUUUGUGAAGGGGAAGGGGGAGCUGCUGACCUUCUUCUUGAAGGGGCGGGAGAAGCCCGCCGCCUUCCCCAACGGCCCCCCCGUCACGCUGCCCCACCAGGUGGAGGACAGCUCCUGAAUGCCUCUAGCCUGCGACAGCCCAGACUGGGAGGGAGAAUUUAUCUUUUGGAACUGAAGAAAGGCCUUGGGAGAGGACACAUGACCAAGUCCCGACCUUCCCGGAUUGAAGUGCACUCACCGACUUUAGGUUUAGAAUCUCCUCAGCCUUUGUGCGUUCGUGGACGUGGGAGCUCUGAGGGUGGCCCUGCUCUUCCUCAGUGUGCCUGUAGCGUCCCCAGUGUAGGGGUCUUAGGUGUAGGGCUGAACAGUCCUUCCAGAGCCUAGUUCCGAUCCCUGCCCUCCAUGACCCUGAGGGGCCCUGGCCACUGUGAGCAGGAGGGUGGCAAAGCUGGGACGAUGCUGCCUUUGCCGCAGGGCUGACCAGGACUGUGGACGGAGCACAGGCAGAGAAGCUCUGUUUCAGACGGGCUUGGGGCGGCGGGACACGGCUGGAAACGUUUUGCUCCCAUUCUGAAGGGAGCUCAGGCUGGAGACCGGUUAUCUCCACAUGGUCCGAGUUCACUGAGACGGCCCUCGUCCUGAUGUUCCUGGUAAUCUUGAAAGGUUCUUCUGGAACCGGUCUCCUUAGUCAUGAGAGCAGAAAGUGCAAUAUUUCCUUUCACCUGGCGGGGGGGGGAGGGAUUUAUUUCUGAAAGAAAAAUAUAUAAACAGAUCUUCUACAUUUAUAUUUUUAAUCUUCUGUUCAAUACACUUUCCGAUAUUGCCUUGCCUUUGAGCUCUUGCUACAGUCGCCUUUGCUACUGCUUUAAGAGAGAAUUUGACAAAGAAUAAGACUUUUAUUAAAAGCUUUAUUCAAC